AUGGCUUCCCUGGGACAGCUUCCAACCGAAAUUCUUCAAAUGAUUGCCACGCAAAUAUACUCACAGAAUGACCUCCUACACCUGAUCUACAGCUCCCGAAAGAUGUGCAAUUUGCUACUCCCAAUUCUGUAUUCCCAGGUUCGCCUCUGCGACUGCCAUUUUGAUAUUCAAACCGUGGUCCCAUUCCUCAUUACCAUUCUACGCUAUCCGGAGUUAGCAAAGGCAGUCCAGCACUUAGAUCUGAAUGAUUGGAGAUAUUCCCCAUGGGAUCCACGCAUUCAACCUCGAUUUGAUUAUGAGGACCACCAUAAAAGGCUCCUUAAGAAGGCCGAUCUCGGCGUCCGCUACUCUUGCGAAGAGGAGCAGUUGCUAUUCCAAGGCCUAGAAAUGGGGGACUCCGACGCCUGGCUCGCUGUUCUGAUUCCACAGCUCACCAGCUUGAAAAGCCUUAGGAUAGCCUGGCCCUAUGAGGAGAAUAAAGUCAACACGAUGUUCGCCAAAGCAGCCGAGGAUGGCGGUCGUUUAUUUCCUCAUCUCCAAGAAGUAAAGGCCGGACAUUGCGACAUAGAAGGCUAUCUCGAUACAGACUACCUGGAUCCAUUUUUCAAGUUCCCAGCUAUGCGCAGAGUGGUCGGAGUCAUGGUCGCAGAGGAUGAAGAGGAUAAUGCCCCAGAGCCUCCUUCUCAGCGUUAUUCCGGAGUCGAAAAAAUCGAGCUCGUGAUGAGUAACACCGUAUAUGGAUUCCCUGUUUGGAUCCAGUCUUGCAUGGCGCUGAGAUCAUUCCACCUCGACAUUGGUGGGCCAUCGAUCAGUGAUGUUUCGAUCCAGUCUGAUCCUCUCCGCGAGUCGCUCUCAUAUCACAAGACGACGUUAGAGACGCUCUGGAUUCGGACGGACGAGGAAGCUGAUCGUGACGAGGACGAGGGGUGGAUUGGGUCUUUUGCCGAUUUUUCCGCCUUGAGGAUGUUGCAGAUCCCUUUUAAAAUGCUGAUUGACUUUGAUCCGGAGACUGGGACAAAUCAAGAGCUGAGAGAGUUGUUGCCGCCAACUUUGACGUUUUUGUAUCUAUGCCAAUGUGACCCUGACCUGGUUGUUUUGGCUAUUGAACAAAUCGAGGCCCUAUUGGACUCACGAUGUCUACCCAAGCUUGUUUCGUUGGGCCUUGAAUGUAGCAGGCCUAAAAAAUCAAUACGGCCUAGAAUGGAUUUGCUCACUUCAAGGUGUAAAGAGAUGGGUAUUGCCUUUGUCAACUUACCUCCUAGCCAGCGGGAGACUUGGUACUAUCUGGGAAGGAAUUGGCCUAGUCAUGGUUACUAUAGUUGA